AUUAUCUUAUUUUCCAUACAUUGUUUUCUCCAGGCAGCUUUCUUCUACAUUCUCACUCUUAUAGCUCUCUCAUUAUAUAUAUACCUCUCCAUUACUAUAAUCAUCAUCAAGAACACAGAGAGAAAUUAAGCUGAUUAACCUUAGAACUUGACCUAACCCUAAUCAUGGGCAGAGCUCCUUGCUGUGAUAAAGCUAAUGUCAAAAAAGGUCCAUGGUCACCUGAAGAAGAUGCUAAGCUCAAAGACUAUAUUGACAACAAUGGCACUGGUGGUAACUGGAUUGCCCUACCCCAAAAAAUAGGUUUGAAGAGAUGUGGCAAAAGUUGUCGGCUUAGAUGGUUAAAUUAUCUCCGGCCAAAUAUUAAGCAUGGAGGGUUUUCAGAGGAGGAAGAUAAUUUCAUUUGUAGUCUUUAUAUAAGUAUUGGAAGCAGGUGGUCUAUUAUUGCCGCUCAGUUACCCGGAAGAACCGAUAAUGAUAUCAAGAACUAUUGGAACACAAGGCUUAAAAAGAAAUUAUUAGGUAAGCAAAGAAAACAACAGCAAGCGCGACGAAUCAAGAAAGAAAACCAGAGUUUCAUAGCUCCUCCUUGCUGGCCGGAGAUACAACUUCCGCCGUCAGUGGUACCGGAAACUUUCAUGCCGGUAGUGCCGAAUCAAAUCCACAGCCAUGAAUCUCAUUUCUCGGAUCAAGAUUCACUCAGAAGCUUACUAGUCAAGCUCGGAGGAAGAUUUAGUGACGAUAAUAUUCAAGAAUCGUCGUCAAAUAUGACCACUACUAAUAUUUAUGCAAGCUCAAUGAACAUGGUUUCUUCAUCGGCCGAUCAGGCGUCGAUGACUUCCACCGGAGGUAUGUUUCAAGAACAGAACGGGUUUCCGGUGGAGCUAGACGAAGUACUGUUGGGCUACACAAAUAUUAUUAAUAAUAAUGAUCAGCUGCGAUUAGAAGAACUUGAAAGCUUCUAUGGAUCAUCGGAGAUGGUCGUCAAUGGUGGCAAACACGGUGGUGCUAGCUCCGGCGAAAGUUGGGGAAAUGUGGUGAGCAGUAAUUUUCAGGGUUAUGAUCCUCGAGUUGUUACUGAGUUUGAAACUCGGUUACAAAGCUUACCAGUAGAAGAUCAUUCUUGUUUUGAAGUUUCAAGUUAUUUUGGGUCACAGUAACGUACCAUUUGCUAUAGCUAUAAUAGUAAUAUGGUGUAAAUUAAUUUAUUGAAUUUGUUUUAAUAGGACAUUAUGUUUA